UUGUGAGAACCAGCAAAGUGAGUGGGCAGAGUUGGAUGUGUGUGGAGUGAAAGUGUUUGUCUGCGAACUGAUCUGAAUCUAUAGGAAGAUAUAAAGACGAGGUCAUCAAGCAGCAACAGUUGAUUAAAAGUUAAAAGUCAAAGAAAGUCAGCAUCCUAAACCAUGGCUCCUGUACGGGAAAAGAUAUUAGAAACUGCAGCUCUAGGGAGACCGUUUCAGCUGGGAAUGCUGUACGACUGCAGAAGUGAUGCGAUAGUACCAGGAAUAACUCUUUGGAAUCGAGAGCAGCUGCAGCAAAACAAGGAUGUUAGUUCACAAGUUAACACAGAGUUCACAGUUACAACUUCAGACACAAUCAAAGAAAAGUCAAAGCACAUGAAAGUUGAUGGUGAACUGAAACUGAGUCUUUUGGGAGGGAAUAUACAGCUCAGUGGUGCAGCCAGGUAUUUCAAUGACACUAAAAAGUCAUUUAAACAAGAAAGGCUAACGCUGCACUACAGAACAACCUGCAGAUUCGAGCAGUUGACUAUGAACCAUCUGGCAGAAGGAAAAAUGGAUCACCAUGAGAUAUUUAAUCAUGAUGUAGCAACACAUCUGGUUACUGCAGUGCUGUAUGGAGCAGAUGCCUACUUUGUGUUUGAUAGAGAAAUUAAUUUGUCUGAGGAGACAAAAGAUGUGCAUGGAGAAAUGAAGAUUGCCCUUGAUAAGCUGAAGGUUCUUUGUGAUGCUGGAGCAAACAUAGACCUAAACAUGAAUGAAAAUGAAACAGCUGCAGUAAAACAACUGAGUUGUACAUUUUAUGGUGAUUUCAUGUUGCCCUCAAAUCCAACAACUUUUGAAGGUGCUAUGAAGGUUUACGCUGGUCUUCCUGAGCUGCUUGGACAGAAUGGAGAACAUGCAGUUCCAAUUAAGGUGUGGCUUUAUCCUCUGGUUAAACUGAACUCAAGUGCAGGCAAACUUGAAAGAAACAUCACAUCAGAACUCAUUAGAGCUGUGGAGUCAAUAAUCGAGGCUUUGAAUGUCACAGACAUGAAAUGUGAUGACCUGUUGAAAGAUACAGUAGCAAAAACAUUUAGUACAUUUUAUGAUCGAGUGCAGGACUUUCAGAAAUUCUGCUCUGAGUACAAGCAAGACUUCAUGAAAAAACUAGGAUCCCUCCUGCCAGAAAUCCGGGGAGGUCGAUCAGAUAUCAGUGCCAUGAAUAAACUUAUAGGAGCCCAUGAGAAGUCUCCUUUUCAUACCAAACAUCUUGAGCAGUGGAUAACAAAGAAAGAAAAAGAAUCAAUCCAAGUAAAAGCACUGAUGAAGCAGCUCCAUGAACUUGGAGCAGAAGUGACUGAUGAUGUAGACAAAUAUCUACUAGAUUUGGAUGUGGAGAAUGUAGUUGCUUUUGCUUUUACCUGUCUUCAGUACUCAGACCUUCUCCUGGGCAAUCAAGAGAUCUACCUGAAAAAUCCCAGUGAAAAUAAAAUUGGUCAAGUUUUUCAGAACAAAUCAUGGACGUCUAAUGAUCUCAUGUGCAUGAAGAAUAAUUUAAAGGUCUUUAAGGAUUUGAUCACUUCGAAUAAAAGUCAAACAACAAAAUUUAUUGUCCAAAGUUUGCCUCAAACAUCAAAUGAUGAAUGUUCCUGUAUCUUACUGUAUGAAUCGAAUGAUGCUGUCCGUUUUGUUCCUCCAUCAAAGCCAAAAUGUCCAAACCUUGAAUCCGUCACAGAUAACAGUAUAGCAGUAAAGCUGAGCCCCCCGUGUGCUGCUACACUGGAGAGGAAACUACUUUACAAAAUGAAACAAGAAAACAACUGGAAAGUGCAACCUGUCAAUCAAGAUAUAGUCACACUGACAGAUCUUAAACAAGGCAUUGAUUAUGAAAUAAAAUGUGGAGCCGUAGGAAAACUCAGCUACCUGGUUGAAAGUUAUGCAAUCACUGUUAAAACUACAUCUCUGAGUGACCUGAUGUCAACUAAAAGUGAAUCAACCCAACAGAGAGCUGACACUAAGCCUGCAGUUCUGGUGGUGCUCCAUCACACCUUUGAUCCAGAGUGUGUUGUACCAGACAGCAGCAGAGCUGUACACAGAGAGAAUACAAUCACAGUCGACUGUCUGUUUCAUGAAGAUAAAGGAUUACUGCAGUGUCAUAGGAAUGAUGAAUCACUGUCCACAGUUUCAGAUUAUAUAAACCCUCAGGGCAAAAAAAAACAGCUUAAAAAGAAAGAGAGUGUUCCAACUCAGAGAGAAACACAGCUAAUGGAGAGAACCAAACAGCUUAAAAAGAAAGAGAGUGUUUUAACUCAGAGAGGAACACAGCUAAUGGAGAGAACCAAACAGCUUGAAUCCGAAUGGGGAAUAGCACAAGGAGAAGGAUGUGCACACACAGACAUGGCGGACAUGAAGGACACUCAACAGUACCAAAGUGUCCAAGUCAACAAGCCAGAAACUGUGAAUCCUGGAACUGUAAUAAGGACGACUAAUAAGGCAAAGGAAAAUGAAAAUGCUCAAGAUGAGAAACAACUGAACUUAAAAUACCCACACAUACAGAAAACACAAUCACUUAUGUGGGAAACAGUGAAGUUAGUUAAAGAAAGGCAGAAAGAAAUGUAUAUGGAAAUGAAACAGUUUGAAGAAUUUAAAAAAUGUAAAGAAAUAAAUAAGAAUAUUCUUUCUAAGAAAAAUGCAGAGUUAGUGGAAACAAAUAAAAAACUACAAGAACUAGAAGAAGCCCUGGGAACAACACGUAGGGAGUUAAAACAAAAGCAGACACAGUUGACAGACAGAGAGACACAACUGGCAGACAUGAGCAAAGAGCUAGAAACCAGUAAAAAUACAAUUAUGGAAAGAGAAAAACAAAUUCAGGAACAAAACAAACUAAUUAAAGAUCAAGAGUCAAAUCUUGAAGAGGUAACAACAGCAUUGGACAAACAACAUAAAGAAUUAAAAGACAGUCUGCAAUUUCUGAAGAGCAAAGAAACACAGCUGAAGAACACACUUCAAGAACUGGAAACCAGAAAAAAUAAAUCGAUGACACUUGAACAGGAACUACAGAAGAUGAUAAAUUUAAAAGAGCAACAGGAAACUGAGCUCAAAGAAAAAAACAAACAGCUUAAAGAGAAAGACAGACAUCUGACAGAAUUUACACGAAGACUUCAGAUGAAGGACAAGACACUGGAAGAGAAGGACACACUGCUCAGAGAGGUAAAAGAAGAACUGGGGAUAACAAAAUUGAUGAUUGAAGACCAUCAGACAGAGAUGAAAGAGAAAUUGAGACGACUAGAGAGUGUGGUGAAAGAACUAGAACAGAAACUGAUAGAAAAAGACAAAUAGCCUCACAAAAAAAGACAAACUUCUGAAUGAAACUACACAAACACUGCAGAAGAAGGAAGAGACACUGAAACAAAAGGACACACAGGUAAAAUAAGUUGGAGGAAAAUAAGCCAAAAAAAGAGACAAUGAGACAAUUACACAUCGACAUGCAGUGUCUAAUGAUCUGUAAAAAUAAUAUAUAGCUUUUCCAUACUUGCUUGUGUUUUUAUACCUUCCCCGGAUUUUGAUUAGAUGUUAUUAUAAGAGUGCUUAUGUAGAGUCUAUUGUUUCAAAGGUUUUUACUAAAUUUGUCUCUUUUUGUCUAAAUGAAACAUUAUUUACUUUAUCUUACUUUAUUUUUUUUAUUUAUAAACUUUAUCCACUACCUGCUUUUAUAAAUAAAUUUGCUCUAUCAGCAGAUGUGGAGUACAGUGACCCCUCAUUGAAUGAUACAUUAGAAAUCAUUCAUAGGAGGAUAGAAAAAAUUAUAAACAGUACAAUAUAAGUAUGAUAGUAAUAAAAUAUAAUUCAUCUGUCCAUGUGGUUUAUGCAGAGGGGUCUAAAGGUAGUUAGACAAAUCACAAAACUGCUAUAAAUGUUUAUGUGUAAAAAAUAUUCAUAUGACACUGUAUUUGGAUUCAGAUAUCUAGCAUUGUGGACUGUAAAAUGCACUUGUAGGCUAAGAUCACUGUUUUAUAAUCACACUUAUGUGAAACAGGUCAGGUCAUGUUAGGUCAUGUCAGAAAACUUUACAGAUAACAUACCUGCACAAUGCACACAAGCCUGCUCAUGGACAGGGUCUGUGUGUAUGGAGGGUGAUUAAUCGAAUGCACAGAACUUAACUAGUGUUUGCUGUUUUUAACAGUUAUUUACCAACAUGUUCAACAUGAUCAGUAACACCAUUGUACUGUAUAAUGAUUAUCAAAUAGAGAUAUGUGAACAUAAAAAGGGCAUAAGAGACAUUUAAGGUUACUCAGGGCAACCGUUUUAGUCUGCAGUAACCCUACACUGUGCAGGAGCGUAAUGGGAGAGUCUCGAUUCAUGCUUGUACAGCCGCUUUCCCAAGCCUGUAAUGAUUCAGAAUUAUUGAAUAAAUAUUCAGUUAUAAAAAAUACCAAGAAGUAUUUGUUUGUAUUAUUGCUCACUUUAGAACCAGAGUGAUGCUACACUAUGACUAAAACAGACUUUCAAUUGGUCCGAGGUGCUUCCAUACGGAUCACAUGUUUAAAGAUUUGCAAUGUAAAAAUAAAUCAUUAACACAUUGGUCCCUCAAUGCACCAAAAUUGGCCCUUAACU